UAGAAAUUUGUAAAAUCGCUAUAUUUGACUAAUUUGUUCAAUUUGAGAAAAGCUUACCAUAUUUAUUUUAAUACCAAGAAUUAUCAUGAGCGGUCACAUUAGAAUGGUUUGUAGUCGACCAAAUUGUUUAACUCACACAUACACAUCCACGAACAUGCAUAUGUGUGUAUACACUAAUUUGUAAAGCCAACGAGUGUAAAUAUUUUAUUGAAUGGUUUGUAGACGUUCUGGCAUAGUGUCCAACAAAUUUCAAAAUGGACCGAAUUUGCCGGGUUUGCAUGGACAGUUCAGUUACGUUGGUGGACAUAUUCGCCCAACGUCAGCAGCCAUCGCAAAAAGAGCCCGACCUGGCUGAAAUGCUAAAUGUAUUUUGCACUGUGAAACCGAAUGAUUUGCUGCCCCAGCAGAUUUGUUUAUCAUGUGUGCUUGCCACCCAGAAUGCCUACAAAUUCAAAUGCACUUGUGAGGAGAGCAAUCGACAACUUUUGCAACUGCUCACAAUAAAGAAACAACAGCAACAAGAACAAAUUCAACAUCAACAAGAAAACAUCCCCACACAGUACAUAGUUCCCUGCGACGAUGCUGUUUAUCAUAUCGCGGAGUUGCCCGUGAACUUAAAUUGUGUCAAGAAGGAGCCAGUAUCCCGCGAUGAUGAAGCACCUAGCUCUACAUUCCGACAACAUCCGCCAUUAUUUGUAAAGUCUAAGGAAACACCCUUAAGAAAACGCAGAAAUAAGUAUAAAGUAAAGAGCAAAAAACUGGGCUUGGAUGCCAAGUGCCGAUACUGUGACAAAGCUUUCUCCAGCUCUUAUGCAAAGCGAUUACAUGAGAAACGACAUACGGGCGAGAGAUCACAUAUAUGUAAUUCUUGCGGCAAAGGUUUCAUACGUAGUCACGAUCUCAAGAUACACAAUAAACGUCUUCAUACUGACGAACGGCCAUUUCAAUGUCAGCUUUGUCCACGAUCCUUCAUUGCCAAUCAUCUACUUAGAACCCAUAUGAAGCAACACAAAUAUCGCUGUGAUCUCUGUCCCUCUUACUUUAAACUACAAUCUAAGCUACGAAUACAUAUGGCAGCGUCACAUGGUACAAAUGAUGAGAUUACUAAUCAAAGGAUUCGCAAAUGUAUUGUGCAGCCCAAAUCUAAAGGACUUCCAGCCUUGGAACGAGGAUUACGUGAUAGAUUAGCGCCUGUUUCAUACGAGGAACUAGAUAUGGACUGUGAAUUGAAUGAGAUAGACACGCCUUUGAAUUACAACGAAUUGAAGUGUGACGAUCGCGAUAAUCUCUCCGAUAUUUCCGACGAUAAGCCUAAAACCUUUGUGAAACGCAUAGACAAAUAUUUUUGUGACAUCUGUGGAAAGGGAUUUCCCCGAAAAUACGCGUUGACCCAACACUACCGAUGCCACACAGGCGAACGUCCCUACAAAUGCAGCAUGUGUCCUAUGGCAUUUACCCAAGGACAUUCGCGAAAGCGCCACAUGCACAGGAAACACAGCAAUUAUAUUAAUAAGGAAUUACAGAUUCCGCCUUUGAAACGAGUUGUCGUUCGAGUUGCUCGCUUGCAAUUGUCACAUUUACUCGCUCUCAAAUGCAUCCACAUGACUGAAGAAAACGCUAUCAAAUAGAUUGUUUCAGAAUUGAACACCAUUGAA